GCAGGGGACGCCGCCUGGGACAAGUUUGGUGCCGACCUCACCGUGCUGCACCCGGAGCUGGUUUUGCAAGUUCUCACCUGCAGUCCCUCCUCGACGCGCUGUCCGAAAGAGAGGCCUGACUGUGGGAUGCUCCACACCGCAGGUGGCAUAGCCUGCACGAACGAAGAAGAACUUUCGUCGUAUCCGGUGCUGCUGGCAAAGAUCCCCGGCGGUCAAAACAAUUUCGUUGCUGUGGUGAAUCGUGGCCACUACAUCUGGAAGCAUCUCCUUGACACCCGACGAAUCUGGUCCCAGUAUCGUAUGAUGAUUCUGGAGCUGCCCUGGCUGGAAGAACAAACGCAUCAUCUGUACUAUCUUCGGGUAAUGGAAGUUCUUCUGAGCGACUUCAGGCUAGUCCAUGUAGAUGCAUCGACGUGUCACGGACGAUGGCAGAUCCGAUCAACAGAGGUCGGCAUGCCACGGGUGGUGCAGGCCACCUUCGUCCGCAAAGAUCUGGCUGUCGCACAAGCUUGCACUACCCAGCUGCACUGGGAUUCUGGCGUUUGGGACUGUCCGGGCCUGCCAAG